UAAUGCUCUCUACCAACGAACUUUCCCUCUUUCUUCAUUACUGUAAAGCUAGCAGAAAAAUAGACAAAAUUCUCACUUAAAAAAAAAAAUGACACAGCUUCUUCAAGCUCCAUCUUCUCCUACUCUCACAUUUCAUCACUGUACUUCACAACCCAAAUCCGGAUUAUAUGUAGCUGAGAAAUCUUUUCUCCAGUCCACUCAAAGACAUGUCAGAAGCUUGAAUAUUUCGUAUGCCUAUUCAAGUUCGAGCUCAUUUACAACUAAAGCUACUUCAAAUGGAGCUUGUGCUUCUACAGUGUCAGGCCAAACACCUGAGUCUGAAGUACUUAAAGCCCUGUCCCAGAUUAUCGAUCCUGAUUUUGGGACUGACAUCGUCUCCUGUGGAUUUGUGAAGGACCUCUUGGUUGAUGAGGGUUUAGGAGAGGUGUCAUUCCGGUUAGAGCUCACAACACCAGCAUGUCCGAUCAAGGACAUGUUUGAGCAGAAGGCAAACGAGGUGGUUGCUGCACUUCCUUGGGUUAAAAAGGUCAAUGUGACAAUGUCAGCCCAACCAGCAAAACCUAUGUAUGCCGGACAGCUUCCUGCCGGCCUACAAACAAUCUCCAAUAUAAUUGCUGUUUCCAGUUGUAAGGGAGGGGUAGGUAAAUCAACUGUAGCUGUCAACCUCGCUUACACUUUGGCUGAUAUGGGUGCUAGAGUUGGUAUAUUUGAUGCAGAUGUAUAUGGUCCUAGUUUGCCAACAAUGGUGUCCCCAGAAAACCGGAUACUUGAAAUGAAUGCAGAGAAAAGAACCAUCAUUCCAACUGAAUACAUGGGUGUUAAGUUGGUAUCAUUUGGAUUUGCUGGACAAGGGCGUGCUAUUAUGCGAGGUCCUAUGGUCUCUGGGGUGAUCAACCAACUUUUGACUACUACAGAAUGGGGAGAAUUGGACUACCUUGUUAUUGAUAUGCCCCCUGGAACUGGUGAUAUUCAGCUUACUUUAUGUCAGGUUGUUCCUUUGACUGCUGCAGUUAUUGUUACUACACCUCAAAAGCUAGCAUUUAUAGAUGUAGCGAAGGGUGUCCGCAUGUUCUCAAAGCUUAAGGUGCCUUGCAUUGCCGUAGUUGAGAACAUGUGCCACUUCGAUGCUGAUGGAAAACGUUACUACCCCUUUGGCAGGGGUUCAGGGUCUCAGGUUGUCCAGCAGUUUGGAAUCCCCCAUCUAUUUGAUCUCCCUAUACAACCAACUCUAUCUGCUUCUGGAGAUAGUGGAAUGCCUGAAGUGGUGGCUGAUCCUCAAGGUGAAGUUGCCAGAACGUUCCAAGAGUUAGGCGUGUGCGUAGUACAACAGUGUGCCAAGAUUCGUCAACAAGUAUCCACUGCAGUGAGUUAUGAUAGAUCUAUCAAGGCGAUCAAGGUCAAAGUACCUGAUUCCGACGAAGAAUUUUAUUUGCACCCUGCAACUGUAAGAAGAAAUGAUCGAUCUGCCCAAAGUGUGGAUGAAUGGACGGGUGAACAGAAACUGCAAUAUUCUGAUAUCCCAGACGACAUUGAACCUGAAGAGAUCCGGCCUUUAGGAAACUAUGCUGUGGAAAUAACAUGGCCAGAUGGAUUUAACCAGAUAGCUCCUUAUGACCAGCUGCAAAUGAUGGAGCGCUUAGUUGAAGUUCCUCAACUUACUCCUGCAUAGGGAUGAAUUAGAAGUCCAAAAUCAGAUAUAAAUACAGUUGGAAGAUUUUUGCUCCUCUACCUGGCCAAAGUCACAAGAAACUUAACAGCUAGCUGGAGCUACACGGAUCUCAGUGAUGUUUCAUUUUUUAACUUUUUGUAGAUAGUAAUCUUCACUACCAUUUGUUCAAUAUAUUAUUCUUAUAGCAAUCUUCACUAGUGUGAAUCAUUUUGUCACAACGAUCUAUGCAUCAUCAUUGUUGUACAGCAUGCUCCAGUGCUUGUACCGUGCUCGGUCAACAAAACAAGGAGAUAAAUUAAAUUAUCAUAAUUCGAGAUUUGAGUUCACAUCAA